CUCCGAGAGCUGGGACCAUGGAACAAAGUUUCAAGUUCUGGUGGAUGAACACAAAACAGUGAAAACUUUUGGCCAAGCGGCACUGAGCCUCGAUGAGGAGGAGUUUCAGUGGCUCCAGGACCUGGCUAAAAGGAAAUGCUGCGGAGAAUAUCAGCUCAACCCUCUUGUGUUCCAUGGAGAACAGGGGAAACCCCUGAGAAAUGCAUGUUCAUUCCUCCAAUCAGCUUGGAGUGAUGCUGGCAUGGCGGGGAACAUCACCUUCACUAAGAUCAGGAGCAGCGUAUCAACUCAGGCCAACCGAUACCUUUCAGAGAAAGAAAGGAGGCAGCUGGCCAAAUCUAUGUGCCACGAUCCGAACACGGCAGAUAGGUUUUAUGUCGCUCUUCCUGACAAGGAGACAGGUCACCAGACCAGGAAGCUGAGACUUAAGGCCUUGGAGAAGGCUUCUUCACACCCCCCUCAGUAUGAUACUGAGACACCGUCCACCAGCUCUGAUGAAGAGGAACCCCCGUAUGAUGAUGAGGUUUCAAGCCCCUCCUUGGUGUCCUCUUCAGAGGAGUUGGAUGACAAAAAUUCAGACUGGGUCAGCCACAGAAGGAAACUGUCCUUCUCACCGAAGAAGGAAUGUGAACCAUGCGUAGUGACGCUUGACAGAUUAAGACCCAAAAUUGCAGAGUAUUAUCUGUACAAGCAAAGAUCUGGUACAAAGCAAGCUUUAUCCGUCCAGCCUGAAGCACCCAGGGCCGAAGAGGGGCAGGAGACCCCUGCAGAGCAGGCUCAAGAAAACAUGCCUGAACCCACGCUUGCCACUGUGCUCACACCUGACCUCAUUCUCGACACUCCAGACAUGAGGCAGGACAUAACAGAAUUUGUUCCCGACACCCUGCUAGAGGAGAUGGCUGACAUCCCAGUGGAGGACAAACUGAGCUUAGUCCUGACCCCAUAACUGUGUUUGAAGUCAGAAUUCUGAGAUCAAAGUUUGAAUCCUGACUUUUUUCUCAGAAUUUUGAAAAAUAAUUUAGGAAGAGGUUUUUGUUUUUGCUUCCAGAAAAAAGUCAGAAAAUCUGAUUUUUUUUUUCACGAAAAAAAAGAAAAAAAAGAAAAAAAGAAAAAAAAAAUUGGUACCAAAAGUCAUGGAAAAAUUUUGAAGGAUACUUUCCUCCUGAUUUUUUUUUUUUUUUUUUGGAUCAAAAUCCUCAAAUUACAUCUUGUUUUUUUAGGGUUUUUUUUUAUUAUUAUUAUAUUGGAAAUUUGGGCAGGGAAUUUCUUUCUUUUUCCUGAUUUGUAUUAAAUGCAAAAGGCUUAUUUAGUUUGAUCAUGUGUCCUGCGUUUAUUUUUACAGAGCAGAUGCCAAAACCCUGGCUGAGGAGAGCCAGAGGUGUGUUCAGGGACCACCAAUUGACACAGAAAAGUCUGUGUGUGUGAAAAUGUGUUUAAGUUGUUAAUCAGGUUUUAUGUGUUGAUUAAGAUUUGUUAGCAUUUUGUUUGAAAAUGAUUUCCCCAUGUGUUUUUUAGGUGAUACAUUUGUUUAAUUAUGGACCAAUUUUACUUUAAAUUUUAUUUGAGUUAUGUUUUUUCUAUUUUAUGUUGAGGUAAAUCUCAUUUUUGUUCAAUACUCACAACUGUGAAAUAAGGAUUUAAAAAGUGAAAACAAAGGGCCUAAGUUUUUUUGUGCUUUUUCACACAAUUCUGAUAUUUUCUU